GGCCAGUGCCAAAGCGAAGCUACUCGCAGUCGGACGCAAACAUGAAUCUCAUUCCGGGUAACAUUCCGGUCUUGUUUCUGGUCCUGAUCCUUGGCGUUUGCCUGGCCAGUGCCCUGCCCAUGACAGCCGAACAGGAGCAAAAAGGUCUACAGUCCGUGGGAAGCAAAUCCAAUCGUAUGGUAAAAAGCGAAGCUGAAUCGGAAUUCAUUGGAAGAAUCCCACCAAAUGGUGAUGACAGCUCCGAGGAGCCAGCACAAUAUGAUAUUGUAACAUUGGUAGAGGAAUUGGAGGCCGCUGGAGUACAGUCAGCUGAUCGUCGGGAUUUGCAUACCCUUACGUACAAGGAACUGGUUAGACUUUUGGCCCUCUGGCAUUUGGCUCAGACUCGCAACGUAUAUGAUUCCAAGGGACCAGAUGAGCAGCCCGACCAGGCCAUCGAUGCUCGUUAAAUAACAAACUGCUUAAUGAAGUAAGCUCGUUUAUUAAAAGCCAAAGUUCAGCUAAUAUAAAAUAUAUAUAAUGUGACAAGAGGCAAAAGGCUAGUACGCUCUUCGGAGAGCGAUGAUGGGUAUACCCUUGCAGACAUACAAUUAUAUACUAUAUAAUAUUCCGA